GCCCGAGGAGGGGAAGGGGGCGGUCGCCAGCGCGCCGCCGCCGCCGCCGGGCUGGGCCUCGGUACGCGCGCAAAGGCGCACGGCUGGGAGAGGCUCCUGGGCUGGGAUGCUUGGCGCGGAUCUGGCUAAACCUGGCAGGGCAUUGCCCCCGAGGCCCACGGCAAAUACAUGGCUGAUAAGACCCUAAAAGGAUGCAGGUGCUUUCUCGCCUGUUCUUAACUCUGCUGGUGCUGUGUGCCUGCUCCCUGCUGUACAUCUGUCUUUGUCCUCGCUUCUGCCUGCCAGUGUGUUGGCUGAGCUGCCGGCAUCCGGACGAACAGGAAAGGCAUUUGCCAGUUGGGUCCGGAACGGUCCAGUUGGAGGGUUACAUCAGCGUUCCCGAUGGCAAGCCUCUGGCCCGAAAGCACUGCAACCAGUGUGCCGUGGUCUCCAGUUCGGGGCAGAUGCUGGGCUCCGGUUUGGGGCAGGAGAUCGACGCGAAGGAGUGUGUCCUGCGCAUGAACCAGGCCCCCACCCGGGGCUACGAGGAGGAUGUGGGGAAGAGGAGCACCGUCCGGGUGGUCUCCCACACCAGCAUCCCCCUCCUCUUGCAGAACCAGUCCUAUUUCUUCAAGCAGUCCCGGGACACCGUCUACGUCAUCUGGGGGCCCGCCAAGCUGAUGAGCCGGGAGAAGGUGGGCCUCGCCUAUCGGACGCUGUUGAAGGUGAAGGAGAUGUACCCGAGCCUGCAUCUCUACACGCUGACCGAACGCAUGAUGGCCCACUGUGAUGAGCUCUUCCAGCUGGAGACGGGGAAGAAUCGGAUGAAAUCUGGAUCCUUCUUGAGCACCGGCUGGUUCACCAUGGUCUUGGCGAUGGAGUUGUGUGAGCAGAUCUUUGUCUUCGGCAUGGUCAGCGAGAGCUACUGCAGAGACAAGACCCAGCCUCCCGUGCCUUACCACUACUUCGAGAAGGGCCGACUGGACGAAUGCCGGAUGUACCUGGCCCACGAGAGAGCCCCGCGCGGCGGGCACCGCUUCAUCACAGAGAAGGCUGUCUUUUCUCGCUGGUCCAAGAGAAGGAACAUUGUCUUCAUUCACCCGUCAUGGCCGGAUGGAUAGGGGCUGACGUUGGGCCUGCGGGACCCUCUGGUGGCUGGGAAGGCUGCCGCCUCCCUGGGCAGCCAGCUCUCGGCUCGCCGACACGAUACGUAACACUGCCGCAUGUUGUGUACGAUGCGAAGCCGCAUCGAGGAGUUGUUGGUGGGUGUGAUGCCGCCAGGAGGGAGAGUGGUGCAUCUUGGGAAAGUCUCUUCCUGGAUUAGCCGAUUAACACCAUUGUGCCAUGUAGGACUGAACCCGGUUGGAUGGGGUGCUUAACGGGCACGAUACGGAGACCGCAGAACUUGUGCUGGCACAUUGUGGGCCUCUGUCUUUUUAACUUAGAUUGGUUUUUCCUAUGGAUUUGAAGCUCGGUUUCUCUCUCUCUCUUUCUCUCUCUCUUUUUUUUUUUUUAGUGUUGUGUGUUCAUUACCCCAUACACUUCCGCUUUCUUUAAGGAUGUGAUUUGUCUUGGAUAUGAUGUGGCUUUUCCUUCCCGUUGGGCUGGCCGCACACUUUUUUUUUUUUUUUGAGAAGUUUAAAAAGAAAAGAAAAAGAAUCUCAACAUUCCUCUUCCUCCUCCAUUCCUUCCUGUGCACAUUGUGGUCAGUCAUCCUUCCAAAGCUGCCUUGAAAAUCUUUUCUGGGGAGGCAGGGCUACAGGUAUUUUAAAUGGCGAAAUCUUUCUCGCCCAGAUGGGCUUGGUAUUACCUAACUCCCAGAAAGGGGAUGGUUCCCCCUUGGAACACUGCAGGCUAGGAAGCAGGCAUGGUCCAGGAAUUUAAAAUACCUGCUCACAUACCCUACUCCUGCUUUUAUGCUGGAUUAUUUAUUGUAUUCUAUUUUUUGAAAAACUCCGUCCCUUGAGGGUUGCCAGGCUUCUUGACUCAGGGGCGGAGCCAAAGAGGAGCCAUGUUAGGGCGGAGCCGAAUACUAGGAUGCAGGGGUGGAGUCUGAUGGACAUGGAGGCGGAGCCAGUAGCAAGAACUCUCACUGGAAAAAGAAGAAAGUGACCUGUCUCUCUUUUGGUCCUGUCUCUUCACUUAAGACGUUGCUUUCCUGCUUUUCUCAGCUUCUAGCCUUUGAGGGUGGGCAUUGCUUGCUGAUCCCACUCACCCCCCAACCACUCACCCCCUGGCCACUCCUCCUACUCUUUCACCCCUUCACAGAAUUUUAGAAUUAGAAAGGAACCUUGAAGUCUAAUUGUCUAGCCUCCACAGUGCAGGAAACUCUACCUGUUUCAAAUAACUUGAACGUUUCAAGUAAUUGGAGCAUGUAGGCUGCUUCAUAGGAACAUAGGAAGCUGCCAUAUACUGAGUCAGACCCUUGGUCUAUCUAGCUCAGUAUUGUCGACCCAGACUGGCUGCGGCUUCUCUAAGGUUGCAGGCAGGAGUCUCUCUCAGCCCUAUCUUGGAGAUGCUGCCAGGGAGGGAACUUGGAACCUUCUCCUCUUCCCAGAGCGGCUCCUUUAUCCCCUAAGGGGAAUAUCUUCCAGUGCUCACACAUGGAAUCUCCCAUCCAAAUUCAAACCAGGGUGGACCCUGCUUAGCUAAGGGGACAAGUCAUGCUUGCUACCACAAAACCAGCUCUCCUCCCACACUUCAAACACUCUUGGCGCACUUGGGAGUGACCUCCUCCCACCCUAGAUUGCUAAAUAUCUGGGUUCGGUUGAGCCUCUCGCUUGUAGACCGAAUGGAAACACUCCUUCCUUCGGGGAGAAUGAGAAACCGCUGCUCUUCCGUUCAAGUGAGGGGUUGGGUUGAGUCAUCUCGAACACAGGAAAUGCCAACCGCAGCAGGCACGGAAGGCUGUAGGCCCAAAGCCUUGAACAGAAAGUAGGGAGGAUUAUCGGCAUCGAUCCAGCGGGCACAGUGAGAGAGGAAAGCCAGUUAAUUUUCUAUCGGCUUCGAGCAGCAGCCGGCAUAUGGCUUUUGGCAAAGAACCCGAACCGGAUUUCAGCCCGGACGGCGUGCAAGGGCAUCGUGCCGAGAUCGGCAGGCGUCUUGCAGAAACGGAGGGAUAGACUCUGGUGCCUUGGGUGUGUUUGGGGUGAGUAGGGCUGUCUUCAUGAUUGGCAUGUGGGCGGGAGAAAUCUCCGGCCCGUAAAUUGGGAGCCCUGUGCAUGCUCCUGAUUGGCCGCCGUGACGAUUCUUCAAGAAAAGGAGGAGGGAAUUAUCAUUUGUGGGCUGUGACCGGGUCUGGGCAACAGUGGCACUUGCACCCAGUGAGGCUGGAGGGAAAGGAUUCCCCCCCUGUACCCAGCUUGCAGGCGACCAACUUCCCAUCCUCCCUUGCUUGUGGGAUUCUCACCAUGGCCAAUUGGGAGAAGGCAUGGAUCCCGAGUUUGGGUCCGUGACUUCUCCCACCCUAAUGCCGACCGUGAGAACAGACUCAGGAUCUUAAGAUGGCGUGGGUUCUGGCUUGUCCCCACAGGGGCAGAGUCUAGGAAGGGGUCUUGACUCCAAGUUGGAUUUUCGUGCGUCUCUCUCUCUCCUUCCCAAGGUGCCUCCUGAACUGUGCGUUCUCAUGUAAAUGCAUUUUUUUGUUUCCAGGGCUCCUGGUUCCACAGCAAAGUCCUUAAUAAACACUCUAGAAUUCGGCAGCGAUUUUGCUGCUUGUGCAAAUAACAAUUAUUUUCCCCACUUCUCGGUCGGGUGGGUCAAACCCUUCUGUGCCGUUUCUGAGCUGCCAUUUGUUCUGUCCUCCUGGUCGACUGAUAACUGCUUGGAGCGGUUUCCACAUAACCGUUUCGGAUGGUUCUGCUCUGGGCAGGAACCUCAUAGGAACCGAAGAAGCUGCCUUCUACAGAGUCCGACCCUUGGUCCGUCUAGCUUGGGGUUGUCUUCACAGACUGGCAGCGGCUUCUCCAAGGUUGCAGGCAGGAAUCUCUCUCAGCCCUAUCUUGGAGAUGCUGCCAGGGAGGGGACUCGGAACCUUCUGCAUGUAAGCAGGCAGAUGCUCUUCCCAAAGUGCCCCCAUCCUCAAAGGGAAUAUCUUAUAGCGCUCCCAUGUUGUCUCCCAUUCAAAUGCAAACCAGGCCAGACCCUGCUUAGCAAGGGGGACAAUUAAUGCUUGCUACCACAAGACCAGCUCCCCUCUCUUAUAGAGUAUCAGAAUAUAUAUUCUUUCUAUAGCUCUAUAUACAUAAUUGGAGUAAUUGAUGAUCGGUCCCUCAGAGUAGGCCUCGGAUAACAGAGCAGAUCGGUUGUGGAAGCUGCUAGUGAGAAGUUUGCUUUGCGGGAGUGGGAGGAGACUGGAUUAUAUUUGGGGAUGAGGCCAUAGCUCAGAGGGAGAGCAUCUGUUUGCAUGCAGAAGGUCCCAGGUUCGAUCCCUGGUGAUAUCUCCAGGUCGGCCCGUGAAAGAUUCCUGCCUGAAACUGCUGCCAGUCAGUGGCCAGUACUGAGAAGCUGCUGCCGGUCAGAGUAGACAGUACUGAGCUAGAUAGUGAAGUCCUUCUGUAGUAUCAUGUGCCAGGAUUCCAAAGGCACAGAACAAUAAUCCCAGAGAUUCUUUUUGCCAUGCCAGAUGUGUUUUGACCUAAUAUUGGUCUUCAGUGGCAAGCAGUGAUAACUCCUUAUAUAGCUGCUGGGCUUUCUGGGUUCAUCAUACAGCUAGAGAAUGUUACGCCCCUGCUCCUUUCAGAAUCUUAGAAUGCUCCCAUGUCGUGAUUUCAACCUUGGUUUUCCUGUGUUUCUCCAGUAACCACUCAGCAUCUGACAAAGUGGGUUCCCUUGCUAACUGAGCAAAAGAGGCACCUUUUAAAACCUGUGGUUUUCUUUAUUUAGCAGGGGGAGAGCAGCCGGCCGGAUCCAUCCCCAGCACAACAUCUCUCCAGUGGCUGUUGCUGGUGGCUGUCUUAUGUUUCUUUUUUAGAUUGUGAGCCCUUUGGGGACAGCGAGCCACUUUAUUUGUUUAUACCUCUGUCAACUGCUUUGGGAACUUUUCUUGAAAAGCGGUAUAUAAAUAUUUGUCGUAUCCGUA